AGGGGUCGGAGUGGAGAGGAGAGAAAGAUGGCGGCUCCCAUGAGCGAGGUGUUCUCGUUGUGCACCGAUCCCAAAGCGGCGGAGUCCCGGCUGGAGGUUCGGGAGGUGGGGGCGAAGGGAAAGGGACUCUUUGCCACUAAGGUUAUCAGGAAAGGGGAGACAAUCUUUGUGGAGCAGCCCUUGGUUUCCGCCCAGUUUCUCUGGAAUGCCUUGUACAAAUACAAAGCCUGUGAUCACUGUAUGAGGUCUCUGGAGACGGCCGAGGAGAACAGUCGAAGACUGUCAGGAAAUCCCAGCCUGAUUCUUCCCCACCCAGAGCAGUGCACCGUCCAGAAGGAGCUCUUUGACACUUGUCCCAUGUGCCUGGUACUUUACUGUAGUGCCGACUGUAAGCAGGCUGCACUGCGGCAGUAUCAUCAGCUUCUGUGCCUUGGUCCCUCGAAGGAUGACCCGCAGCACCCUCUGAACAAGCUAGAGGAAGGAUGGAGGAGCAUGCAUUACCCUCCAGAGACGGCUAGUAUUAUGCUACUGGCCAGAAUGGUGGCCAUAGUGAAACAGGCAAAGGACAAAAGUCGCUGGAUAAGGCUCUUCUCUCAGUUCUGCAGUCGAACAGCCAAUGAGGAGGAGGAGAUAGUUCAUAAACUGAUUGGAGACAAGUUCAAGGGUCAGUUGGAAACGCUACGGCAGCUCUUCACCGAUGCGCUAUACGAGGACAGCAUCAGCCAGUGGUUUUCCCCGGAUGGUUUCCGCUCAUUGUUUGCUUUGGUUGGAACUAAUGGACAAGGGAUUGGCACCAGUUCACUGAGUCAGUGGGUCCACGGUUGUGACGCCCUCGAGCUUCCUGCGCUGCUUCGGGAAGAGCUGGAUGGCUUCAUCGACCAGCUGUACAAAGAUAUCGAGAGAGAGAGUGGAGAGUUUCUGAACUGCGAGGGAUCUGGACUGUACCUUCUGCAAAGCUGCUGUAACCACAGCUGUAUCCCCAAUGCUGAAACGUCUUUCCCAGAAAACAAUUCCCUCCUUCACCUGACGGCACUGCAGGAUAUUCCGGCUGGGGAGGAGAUCUGUAUCACGUACCUGGACUGCUGCCAGCGCGAGCGAAGUAGACACUCACGGAACAAAAUCCUCAGGGAGAACUAUCUGUUCGUCUGCUCCUGUCCGAAGUGCGUGGCUCAGGCAGGUGACCUGGACUUGACAUCAGAAGAGGAGGAGGAAGAGGUGGAGGGUGAGGCGGAGGGCGCUGAGCUGGAGGACGAGAUGACAGACGUUUAAACAUGCACCAGCAGCAGGAGUCCAGCAAAGAGAGUGGAUGAGCAAUCUUUGUAUCAGUAAUGCAAUAACCACACCCAACUAUUCAUCACACAUCAACCAGUCUCUGUACAAUGUACUUGCUCCGCCUCACACCGGUCAACUUACCGGUCUGCUCUCUGGUCUCUGGACUUUGCUGGUUUGAGUGGGCCAGGUUGAGGAGGGAGCUGUGCCCACCCUGGGUAUCUGCUCCUGGCAAUGGAUGAAGCAGGCAGGUCUUGCUGCAGUCUGUGCCAAUGGGCUGCACCCAGUGUUGGGAGGACCCACUGGGAAGGGAUGGCCUGGGGUUACUGUGAGGUCUGUCUCCUUCAGCCGUGGAGGAUCAGACUGGGUCUACUGUGGGAAAGGUACUGGCUUUUGGCAGAACUUUCAUUCAUUAUCAAACUGCUCAAAAAUAAUGUUUAAAAUCGUUUCAACCCACAAUGUGCAUGUGUUUGUUGAAGAGAGGAAUGUGUGAUCGUGUGUGCGCGUGCACAUGCAAGAGGUCGGUAUGUGAUUUAUUUAUUUGGAGAUUGAGCGUGGAACAAGCCCUUCUAGCACAACACAUCACAUCCUCCAACAACCCAUCACAGGACAAAUUUACAAUGACCAAUUAACCUAGCAACCGGUAUGUCUUUUGGACUGUGGGGGGAAACCGGUGCACCCAGAGGAAACUCAUACCGUUACAGGGAGAACAUACAAACUCCUUACUGUCGGGGUUUGACUCUAAACUCCAGUGUCCUGGGCUGUAAUAGUGUUGCACUACCCACUAUUGCUGUGGUGGUGCCCCAGGUGGAUUGUGAGUGUGUCUGUAUGAACAAAAGAGUGCACAAUAUCAUGGCAUCUGUGUUGUGCAGAAGGUACUUCAAUGUUUCAGGGGAGCCCGUAGCUGUCUGAAGGGUUGCCUCCCACCAGGAGUCCCAGAGGCGCUGGACCCUGUGGCCAGCUGGGCCCUCCUUCCACUGAGCGAUGAUCAUCACCAAAUAUGGAGCCAGCCCGUGCGCUGGUUUACACACAGGAUGUUACUGCCCAGCAGCAAGUUCACUACUGACUCAGGUUUCUGUUCCCACACGACUCCCUCCCCGUAAAAAGGGUGCUUGUCAGGGAGAAGUCAUAGAGUGAGAUGGAAACGGUUUGGGGCAGCAGACCGGGCUGUAGGAAAAGGUGCAGGGUGGGGACUCUAGAGCAAGGUUGUUUUGUGUGACUUUACCCUUUUGGUGUGAUCACUCGGGUCAAGUAUGAUGUCCGAAGGGGUUGUCUGUGGUGUGUCCUCAGGUAGCUGUCGAGGCUGAUCGGGAUGCUAGGGUGGAUUCUCUUCAUGAAGAAUGCCUGUGUGACAUUGCCUAACGGGGAGAGGCUGAUGCCCAGUCCUUGACGGGUCAGGGUCAGGGUCAGGGACCGGUGGCACAGAAUGCAAGUGACUCUUCACGCCAUUCUGCCGUGUCAUCAUCUGCCAGCACCACUGCUGAGGUCCUGGUUGGAUCGCUCUUUGUCUGGCACUCUCUACCUGACCUCGCUGCCAUGGGUGAC